GCCCAUUCCAUCACAUUUCUCCCAUGCCCUUCUCCAUCACUCACUGCGCCGCCAAAUACCCCCUUGACUUGGAAAGAUGGCAACUUUCGCCGCGACACGCACUUGCGAAAGUUGUAGAGAACGGAAGAUCCGAUGCGAUGGAGGCCGGCCUGUGUGUGAGAAUUGCCGUCGAUCUCGGCGGACUUGCGUCGUUCAUUCCCUCCGACUGUCGUGGCCGAGGACUGGGAAUAGGCGUCGCUUUGUCAUCGGCCCACGCCCGAAACCCGCACACAGAGGCGAGGCCAGUCGCGAGUCCCACUUCUUGAACGUGUCGUCCUCGCAUGUGGAAGAAUACCUAUCAUUGUCCCAUGAUGGGACUCCAUACAUGAGCGACAGAGAUAACUAUACUGCUCUCGGGGUCAUUCCUCAUAGCCCAUCCAUGAUAUAUUCAACACUAGAAACUGUACAAGAUGGCAGCAGGUCGCUGUCUUAUUUCUACCGAAUCGUUGCUAAUACACUUCCUGCUAUUGAGGGGACGAACUCGGACUUUCGGGACUUGCUGAUGAAGAUGGCGCUCUCUGAUGAUAGCCCGUCAUCUCAAGCUGUUCUGUUCUCAAUCCUGUCCCUGUCAGCACUUCACCGCCCGGCUAGCAACUCCAAGGACGUGAUCAGCUUCAAGGCCUGCGCACUCAAGGCCUUGAGAGAAUGUGCAAGCAGGGGCAACCUUACCCUGGUGCAGACAAUGCAACAUAUGGCAGCUGCUAUUCUCCUCUGCCGAAUAGAAAUCGGCCUUUUCACUGCUGCUUCUACACUGUGGUGCUUAUUUGUCUGUGGAGCGAACACAGUCCUGACCGAAGCCCACCAAUCAAUGAACCUCCUGAUGCUUGGCAAAGAUCUUCGUCUUCUGUACAGAUACGUGCACUAUCACAAUACCAUGUCCUUCUUUAGCUUGAUGCACUGGAAUCGACCGAAAUCUGUCGAUAAGGGUACAAAAUCCGACUUCAGGGGCAAGGCCCUAGAGUUUAAGUGCCCGAAGAACUAUACUAUUCCCGCCUUCAAAGACUUCGUCUCGGAGGAAUUCCAACUUCUAGUAGACGUUCUUGACUUGAGGAGUGCUCCCGAGUUUGGCAACAACUGCCACUCGGAGACGCAUCAGGCCAUGCUUGAAGACAUAAGUAGUCGCAUUUCACGCACAUUUUCUCGCGCCACAGGGGAAUUGAAGAAAAUCCUACAGUCGAACUCAAUAUCCUCGGCCGAGGUCCAAGCUCAGCUUCAGAAAAGGUUGUUCAUUGCGGCCACUUGGAUCUACUUCGUCCGAACGGCUCGGCAGCUAUCCGGUCCAAUCUCAACAGUGUCUUCGCUUCUGAGCGAUGCCUUUGACAGUGACACAACAGGGAUACGACACCUCAGCGUUUGUAACUUGCCCUUCAUCGUGUUCAUCCUCGGGUGCGAGACUUCUUCAGAAGACCAUAGGAGGGACAUUCUCGAUCUGAUUCAACGGACCUCGGGUUUGGGUAGAGAUGAGGGAAUAUCUCCCGAUCAGGCAGCAGUCUCUGUACAACCUGUGUCACUGGGGGUCAUCAGGACAUUGCUAGAAGCAGCCUGGGCGAUGGAAGACUUGCAUGCUGAUGACGGAGGGGGGAGAUGCCUCGACUACGAACAAAAGUUGCAUUUGGUGCUCACGGCAUCCGAGGUAUUGCCGGCAUUCGCCUAAUGGAGGACGCGGGAAUAUAUAUGAUUACUUGAGGACUAGAUAGGUUCGAGGAGCAUAUAUGAGAGAUGAGAGGCGCGAUAUCCUUAGACCGCUAAUAAUACACAGG